CCCUGUCCUCCAUCGCCGCCUGCCUGCUGCCGUCGCACCCCGAGCCUGCCAGCCAGAUCAGCAUGCAAUCAGCAAGCCAGCCCAGCCAGCCGCAGCGCAAGGGGCAGGAGCAGCCAGAGGAGCAGAAGCCCGUCAACAUCUUUGCCAAUUUCCACCUCCGGCGUAUCGUCAAGGAGAACCAUGGCCAGCCCAUCUACCGAUGCUGCUACAACAAGUAUCCGUCCAUGAUGAGUGGCAUCGCCUUUCUCGAGGAGAUUGACACCAGCAACAUCUAUGCGACUCUCAGCGAGCAACAGGUCAACUUUUACGACAACGAACAUUGCGGAGAUCACCUCGACAUCAUCUCGCAGUUCACGGUGAAGCCCAAGCCCGGCAGAUCGCCAAAGUCACCAUUCAAGCUCGUGACAUGUACUUGGGUGCGCCGUGAGUUCGAGACUGUCCUCGCCGUGGGCGACAGCGACGGAUGCAUCCGGCUGCUGAGCCUUGCAAUGAGCAAGGAGACCGAUUGCAUCGAUACAAACAGUGAUGUCACUACAACUCCGAUCAGCAUCGUCGAACUCCAUGCCCACCCGAUCGACAGCGAGCUCUUGUUCUCGCUCAUGUCCGACUCGACCGUCCAGCUGUGGCACUUGUCGGCGAGACGUUGCUUGUGUAUCUUCAAGACCAACGCAACCGUAAUGGACGUUCAUUCCAAGGGCUACGCCUUUGUCACCGGAGCUGCCGACGGAUCUUUGGCCGAAUGGACCAUUCCGUCCAGCGUCCAUGCGCUUGACAAAAAGGCAGCCACGAAGUUCACUCCGAUCCAGUCCGAGGAUCACAAAGUGCACGAAGUGAGCCUCGAUGCAGGCACGGGUAAGUGCGCCACUGUCGCUGUGGAUGCCGUGGGGGGAGAACCAAACACUCUGAGACUGCAGCUUGAUGGGCAGAAAUGAGUGGUGAAAAUGGAGCAAUCAGGCACUCUCAUGCGCCAAACAUCGAGGACAAGCACUUACAGGCGUGUUACGGACGGACAUGCCAUUGACGGACAUGCCAUUGACGGACACCCACGGGCAAUGGAUCAAGCCACAAUCAAGUACAUGG